AAUCUGAAAUGAGUAUCAUCUCUAUCUGCUCACCGCUGCGAGCUUUCUUCUUCGUCAAUUUAUAUUAUUUCUUCUUCCGGUCAAUAAAAACCCUUUCACUCCCCUAAAGAGCCACCACCAUCCACCACAAUAAUGUCUAUCCUUCUCCCCACCAAUUUACAACAAUGCCCUUCGUCCUCACUCUCUCCUUCACCACCUCUCUUCUCCCCACCGUCUCCUUCCACCGCAUUCGCCGUCGUCGGAACUCGCCGGAGAUGUCUCAGAUUGGUCACUUCCUGCGUCUCCUCUGUUCAAAGCUCAGUCGCGAACGGUUCCGCUCCCGCCGCCGUUGUCGUCGAGCGAGACCAGAUUCGUCUUGGUCUUCCUAGUAAGGGACGUAUGGCCGCCGAUUCGAUUGAUCUUCUCAAGGACUGUCAACUGUUUGUCAAGCAAGUAAAUCCUAGGCAAUAUGUUGCACAAAUUCCCCAGUUACCAAACACUGAAGUUUGGUUUCAACGGCCAAAAGACAUUGUGAGGAAGUUACUCUCAGGAGAUCUGGAUCUAGGUAUCGUUGGUCUUGACACACUUAGUGAAUAUGGUCAGGAAAAUGAAGAUCUUAUCAUUGUGCAUGAAGCUCUCAACUUUGGAGACUGCCAUCUGUCCAUUGCGAUACCCAACUACGGGAUUUUUGAGAACAUAAAAUCUCUCAAGGAGCUAGCACAAAUGCCCCAGUGGAGUGAGGAGAGACCCUUGCGCGUUGCUACUGGCUUCACCUAUCUCGGCCCCAAAUUCAUGAAAGAAAACGGCAUAAAGCAUGUGACGUUUUCAACUGCAGAUGGAGCCCUGGAGGCAGCUCCAGCGAUGGGGAUAGCUGAUGCCAUUUUGGACCUUGUGAGUAGCGGGACAACACUCAAAGAGAACAACUUAAAAGAAAUUGAAGGAGGGGUUGUGCUAGAAAGUCAGGCGGCACUCGUGGCAAGCAGAAGAGCAUUGACUGAGAGAAAAGGGGCACUAAACACAGUACACGAGAUUCUCGAGAGACUGGAGGCUCAUCUGAAAGCAGACGGCCAAUUCACUGUUGUUGCAAACAUGAGAGGAAAUAGUGCUGAAGAAGUUGCUGAGCGUGUGUUGAGCCAACCAUCACUGUCGGGAUUGCAGGGACCAACAAUAAGCCCAGUUUACUGUACCCAAAAUGGACAAGUAUCGGUUGACUACUAUGCCAUCGUGAUUUGUGUACCGAAAAAGGCCCUAUACGACUCUGUGAAGCAACUGAGAGCGAUUGGAGGCAGUGGGGUAUUAGUUUCACCUCUGACCUACAUUUUCGAUGAGGAUACUCCAAGAUGGGGACAACUCCUGAGAAACCUCGGGGUUUAAAAUGUUUUGGUAAAGAAGAUGCAUAUGCUGAACAGGUUUUAAGCAGACCUUUUGGUGUAGAUCUCUGGGUUUGGUGCCUUUGUGUCAACUUUAUAUCUCUGCCUUUGUUUUUCUUUUCUUUUCUUGUUGCUGUUGUAAUUUCAACAUCUCUUAUCUGUCUACACAUUGUUGUUAAAU